UUUGAUUCAAAAAAGAUUAAAAAGAAAUUAAAGUGUCUAUUUAAGCGAAAAGAAAUGUUUUAGUUCAUUAAAUAAGCAUUGUGGCAUUUUUACUUUGCGACAAUGCGAAUCAACUUGAUAUUCGUUCUAACGCUAAUUUUUGCAUACAAUGCAGAUAAUAUUGAUGGUGUUAUCUUUAAAUUUACGAAUUUCGUAUGUGAUAUCCACAAUGCUUCUUGGAUUAAAGUUCACCAAUGUCGUUUAAAAGCAGUAAAACGUAAUCACAUUACACUGAAUAUGAAUGCAACCUUAUUACUCCCGGUGAAUCGUGCACAUGUUCAAGUCCAGUUUCUGAAAAAUUCAAACGGCUACAAGUUAUUUCAUUACAACGCCACAAUAGACAUUUGCCGCUUUUUGAAUCAGAGUUAUGAUCCAGUGGCUAUAAUGAUUUUUCGACAAUUUAAAGAAUUUUCCAACUUUAAUCAUACCUGUCCUUAUAUGGGUAAUAUUUAUGUAAAGGAUUUAUAUUUAAGACCAGAACUGGUGCCUUUGCCCAUACCCACGGGAGAGUAUUUGUUGAACUUGAAGUGGAUAUUUGAUAAAAAAGCAGCAAUAACAACCAAACAGUAUUUCAUAAUUGAAGAGAGUAAAUAAAAAAGUAUAAGAAUAAAUAAUUAUUACAA